UAUGAUGUUCCUUUCUUAGUGCAAACAUCAACUAAAAGGUGGCCAUGAUUUCUUCCGUGCAGUCGAUUUUCUUCAUUCAUACAUCAUGAAGCUUUUCAUAUUUAUAUCCCUUCUAAUAGCCGUUGAAAUGGCGUCAUCAACAAUUACCUUGGACAAACUAACAGAAAAAGUCCAAGCUGGUCUCAAGAUUUUAAAAGAAAAAGCCGUUACUAAGCUUCACAAAAUAAAGGAAGGGAUAGAUUUGAAGAAACUACAUCAGUUUCACGUGUCCCACUUUCUUCCCUAUGCUCAUAAGCAUUACGUUCAAGAACACUACCACAAAAAAACCCCUUUGAUCAUAGAUCCUUACCAAAUCCAUAGAUUACAGCACUACUUUGAGCCCCAUCACCAUAAGAUAUCACCAAUUCAUGUUCAUGGCUACCUCCACGAGUCGGCCCAUCAUCACCACGUACACGGACACCAUGUCAAACAUCAUUAAGUAAAACUAGAUUAAAAUUUGACUACAAAUAGUUUUAUGUCCAGUUAUAUAAGUUUAAGCAGUUGUUUGAUUAAUUGACUUUAAAAUAAUUUAUGUCAUUACAUAUCCAUUCAGUGAAGGCGGCCUUACGUUAGUUUUGUCUCAAAGCCAAAUACUAAAUCAAAAUAAAAAACGACGGUAGUUGGUAAAACGUUCAAACCUCAAUAAUUGCAACACUAUGCAUUAAUGUUGUAGCGAUAAAUGUAUUUAAUAAUGACUAUUGUAUUUGUACACAUGCAAACAUUAAGACGGGAAAUGUAAGCGUGAUACGAAUUACGUUUGCCUUUGAAGGAUUUAAUUUAUUCGAUUUGACGAAUAAUGAUUUAAUAUCGAUGAAAGUAAUAUUACUUUGUAAAUUUGUCAAUAGAUGAGUUUAAUUUAACUGUAAAAUACAAUUUUCUUUCAGUUUUUUUUAUAUGUAGUACUGAAAAACAGAACUUCAUUAUUCUGUUAAAUAUUAUAUAUUUUUUUUUCACACAAUGGACCUGUUGUGCUCAAUAAACUGACAUGAUUAUGGUUGUAUUCUAUUAGAACUAAUGAAUUUUCUUCUCAUAGUAAAGUUAGUACAAAGUUGUAGAUGUUUUUAUAAUUUUUAAUAAAAUAUGUCGAAUAUA